AUGGACCCCAGCUCUCACAAACGCUAUCAUCUCCACGAGUGGCAGCCAUUAGGAAUGUUUAAUAAAUAUUUUUCUGGAACAGUUGAAAAAUAUAUCACUGAGGAGGUUGUGAGAUUUCCAAUUGAACAGAUUUAUAAGGUGGCAGGGCAAGGUCAAAUUACUGGAGAAUGUUUGAUUGAUCUCUCUGUGGGCCCUGCCAUUUACCAUCUAUUACCCAUUUUUGAGUUUUUCAAAGACAUCACUAUUUUAGAAUUUAAUGAUUUCUGUGUGAAAGAACUCAAGGAAUGGAAAAAUAAGGAGUCAGAAAGCUACGACUGGACGCAUGCCUUAGCGAUUAUGGCAGAAUUGCAAGGUACAAGCUUCAAGGGCAAUGAAAUGGAAAACGCUUUAAGAAGAAGUAUCUCGCACAUUUUAAAAUGUGAUUUCACCAAGGAAACCUUUACAGAACAAUUCUUUCUACCAAAAGCAGACUGCGUGCUCAGUAUGUACGUCUUGCACUUGGUUUCUGACCAUGAAGAUGACUACAGCAGGAACUUGAAAAAAGUGUCAGGAAUGCUAAAACUGGGUGGGCAUCUGCUGCUAUUUGGAUUAUUUAACGCAAAAUAUUACACCAUAGGUGAGAGUAAAUUUCACUUAUUAGCAACUGAUAAAAAGUCUGUAGAGGACAUUAUGAGAGAAGCAGGAUUUGUUAUCGAACUCCUGGAAGUGAAAGAAAGCAAAAUGCGCGAUGAUACAACAUAUUUGGAACAGUUUUAUUUUAUUAAGGCCUUAAAAAAGAGCAAUGCGUUUGUUUAA